AUGGUUCGAUACGCCUCUGCCCACGUCGUCGCCGGCAACCCCGAGAAGUUUGCCAAAGCUCGAGGAGAGUACGUCAGGACUCAUUUCAAGAACAUGCGAGAGGUUGCCGCUGCUCUUACUGGUUUACCCCUUAAGAAAGCUUACACCUACCUUGCUGAUGUUCAAGACCACAAGCAAAUCAUCCCUUUCAGACGUUUCGCUGGUGGUAUCGGUCGAGCUUCUCAAGCUAAGCAAUUCAAGACCACCAAAGGUCGAUGGCCCGAGAAGUCUGUUCAAUUCAUCCUCCGUCUUCUUAAGAACGCCGAGUCCAACGCCGACGCUAAGGAUCUCGAGGUUGAGGAAUUGAUCAUCAAGAACAUCGUCGUUCAACAAGCUCCCAAAACCCGACGAAGAACUUACCGAGCUCACGGUCGAAUCAACCCUUACCAAGGUCACCCUUGUCACAUCGAAAUCAUCCUCUCCACCCCAUCAUCCGAGGUUCCCAGAGCCAAGGACCUCGACGUCACCAACACCAGCUCAAAGAAGGGAAAGACCAUCGCCGCCAUUGAGGCAUAA